AUGGACGCUGGGUCGUCGUCGACAGCACCACCGCCCCAGCCGGAGGAUCCUCCGAGACCACGGCCGUGGGUGCAAGCAUCAUCACCGUCCGAGGAGACGGAGACGAGGCCACGGGCACGGCUCCCGCCAUUAGAGAUUUUGGAGCAAGGAUCGUCAUCGUUCGAGGAGACGGAGAUGACACCACUACCGCGGCGCCCGCUAGCAGAGAUUUUGGAGGAAGGAUCAUCGUCAUUCCAGGAGACGGAGACAGAGACGACACCACGGCCACGGCUCCCGCCGACGAGGUAUGGAGAGCUCAUCACGGUGCUGAGCAUCGACGGUGGAGGAAUACGCGGGCUCAUCCCGGCGGUCGUCCUCCAAAAACUGGAGGAAAAGCUCAAACGCGAUCCUAAUGUCAACACGGAAAAUAUCCAUAUAGCGGACUACUUGGACGUGAUCGCUGGCACGAGCACGGGCGGCCUCAUCGCGGCCAUGUUGGCGACGCCAGACGACCAAGGGAGGCCAAAGUACACCCCACAAGAAAUCGAAGAGUUCUACACCAGACACGGGCCUAAGAUCUUCCCUCCCAAGAGGUGGUGGUGGGGGGUGCCAGGAAUGGGCAUUGUAGGCGCGGUCUGUCGUCGUGGGCCCAAAUACGACGGCAAGUUCCUGCGCCGCAAGAUCAGGGAAGUCACGGGCGAAACCAAACUCGACGAAACCCUGACCACACUCGUGGUGCCUACGUUCGAUGUCAAGAGGCUGGAGCCUAUCAUCUUCUCAUCAUACAAGGACGACACAGAGACCAAACCGUACCUGUCGGACGUCUGCAUCGGCACGUCGGCCGCGCCGACCUACUUCCCGGCGCACCACUUUGAUUGCAGCGCCCGGAAGCAGUACGACCUCAUCGACGGCGGCGUGGCCGCCAACAACCCCACCAUGGCUGCCAUUGCAAGGGUCAUCGGGGAGACUCUGCACAGAAAAGAGGACUUCCACGCCCUGGAUUACAAGAGAUACCUCGUCAUCUCUAUCGGGACAGGGUCUGCGGUGAAGGCAAAAGGGCAAUACACCGCGAAGGUUUGUGCCAAGUGGUCCGACUUAAAGUGGGUCAGCAACGGCCGCCACAAGCCGAUCAUCGACAUCCUCUCCCAGGCACAGUGGCGUAGCCAGGAUUUUAUGUCAGGGGUGGUCCAUGGACCACCCUGGCCACCCUACAACUACGCCACUGCCCAGGCAAGCGACAUGUUGGUUGACUGGCACGUCAGCAUGCUCCUACACAACACCGACAAGACCGACCAGGAGCAGAACUACCUCCGCAUCCAAGCUGUGGAUCCGUUGUUCGAGGAGCACAUGUUGUCAAUGGACACCGCGACUCGGGAGAACAUGCAUAAACUGGUCGGCAUCGGCAACGAUCUGCUGGAGCAGACGGUGGCUAGGGUGGACUUGACCACCGGGGUGUACCAGUUCGAGGAGGAGGACCAUGGGGGUGUACCAGUUCAACGGGCACGCACAAACGAUGAAGAGAUCGAUCGCUUCGCCCGGUCGCUCGUCAACGAGCGCAAUCUGCGUCUUCAGAACAAAAAAAAAGAUAACAAUAUUAAUAAUAAGAAGGCAGUGGCUCAAUAUGCUACAAAGGAAUCAGAAGUUUCUGCAACAAACAGAUCUGAGAAAUCUCAAUCCCCUACUACAACUACACAUCUACAGUCCAAGACCUACAUCGGUGGCGCCGACGAGGGCGCCUCACUACAAUAG